GGAGGGUCCUCAGAGUCUAAAGCCCCGGGGAAACGACCCUCUACUGUGGAGUCUCCCAAACCCAGUGCGAAGAAGAAGAAGGGCAGCUCAGAGGGGCCGAAGGGGCCGACCAGCGGGGCCUUCACAGGAACCUCUCCCAGAGUCUCCUCCUCGUCGGCAGCCAGUCAGCCGUACGCAGAGAAGAAACCCCCAAAGGAAAAAGGUCGCUGGCCCAAAGGCAAAAAUGACACGCAGGAACCAAAGGAGCCCAAGAAAGUUCCAGAAUCUGAAGAGUCUAAUUCAGAGGACGAAGCGUCGUCAAAAUCAGAGCAGUCGGCCCCUUCCAGUCCUUCCAACUCCAGUUCGAGUUCCGACUCCAGCUCUGAUUCUGACUUUGAGCCGGGACAGAAACAAGGGCAAGGCCCCCUGCGAUCGAUGGUAGAGGAGAUCCAGUCAGAGGAGUCAGAUGAUGACGACAGCAGCUCAGAGGAGGAGACGCCCAUCAAGACCAACCCCCCCAACCGUGACUCACGACUCAGCCUGGACAGUGAGAGUGACAGCAGUGACGGCUCGCACAGCCCCAGUCGAGACUCCGCCCGGCCCCCCCAGAAACACAGCUCCUCCAACAACAAAGUUUCAGGCAGAAAGAGUCCAGAUUCCUCGUUUCGUUCAGAGAAGGUUUUGAAGAAGGGAUACGACAAGGUAGGAAGGGCGUACACGGAAGAGCUGGUGGACCUCCACCGCAGACUGAUGGCUUUAAGGGAGCGGAACGUCCUGCAGCAGAUUGUGAACCUGAUCGAGGAGACGGGCCACUUCAACGUGACCAACACCACCUUUGACUUUGACCUCUUUUCACUGGACGAGUCCACCGUCCGCAAACUACAGAGCUACCUGGAGGCAACGGCCACGUGACAGGAAGUGGGAACUGGUGUGGAUGGAGGCGGCGGAGGUAGACGCGCCACCAUCUCCUCUUUUUAAGGAGAGGAGGAGCAACCACAUCACGUCGCAGCUGUUUCACAGGCCUGACUGAACCACCGAACAACUACCACACAAACAGAAACACGCGAACAAACACAAGCACACAUGAAGACACACCGCCUUCACGUGACGCUGGGGGGGGAACUGAAGGAGGAGGAGGAGCGGAGCGGCUGAACUCCGCCUACAGUCAGGAUAUCAACUACUCUAUAUUACUGAGCCUGUGCAAAGCUGUGGUAUGCACCCCACACCCCCUCCUGCACUCCCGCCUCUGCAAACCCAAUACUUCCCCUCCUCCUCCUCCUCUUCCUCCCCCUUCACACGCACACUCCUUACUCGGCAGAACACUUCAGUCCCCUUCCCCCUGCCGUCAGCUGGAGCUCAUUUCUCUCUCCACAUACUCUUUAAGUCGAGUGUGUGUUGACUGUGCAGUGUGUGGGUGUGCGUGCAUUCGAUCGCUGCUGAGGGUUAGGAGGAGAUGUUGUCUUUGUGGUACCGACUUCUCUCUUUUUGGAAAGCUUGAGCACAAACAACAGUCAGUUUGCCGCUUUCACACCAGGCCAAACACGCACACAUUCAGGUCAUCUUUUACUUUAACCCUCCCCACCCGAUAACAUUUUUUAAGAAGUAUAUAAAUCAUGAAUAAAUACUAUAUUGUAGUUGUAAGCAGAUAUAGGUAAGUCAACUAUAACUUUUUUAUUUUGUUUUUUAACUGAUAAUGAAUGAGCACUAUAGAAAAAUACAAACCAUUGACAGCUACUGUUUCUUAAUGAACACUUUAAAUGCUGCUUAUAACCACAUUGCAGGGUGUUAUAAACCUUUUAAGUCUUUGCAGUUAUUAUAAAUCGUAAAGGGGGGGUUAAACUAAAUUGGUACCCAGAAUUUGUCUCUGUUCCUAUCACUGUACACAUAACACUGAGACGUGUGCUGUGUGUGAGUCUUUCCUGCAUGAGGUUUCUGUUGUCUGAACACAUGUUCUGUUGAGUUUCUCCUCUACUUCCUCACACUGAAAGCUGAGCCUUGACCUCCUACCAAUGCCCCCCCCCGCUCCCUCUGAAGCCCCCUCACCUCAUCCCUCCUCCCUGUUUCUCAAAUUGGCGUGCAUGAAAGGGCUCGACUGCUCGCGGCCAGAGCAGUGGAGGAUCACUCCUGAAUUGCCUUCUAAGUGGUGGGUAGGGGAGGGUGGGAAGGGGGUUUAAAAAGCCGUGAAAAAGUAGCCAUACUUGUCUCCCAGAAUCCAAAAAUAAGAAAAAAAUUAAUAGGGGCCACGCCUUUUUACAUUUUAUUUUUCUACAAGUGUGUUUUGUGUAUUUAUUCCCAGACCGCGGUUAAGAUAACCUGUGAGCUAUGAAUGUAUAUCGCUUUUACUUUUCUACGGCUAGCAACAGCCCCACUCUAGUGCCUUUUUCUGCGACUUGCAGUGUGAGGGGGGGUGUGCACUCUGUUAGCCAUGGUCACACAGAUUGAAACCCCCCCGCCCCAAAUACCCCCCUCGGGGAAACAAGUGUUAAAAGGGAUGCCUGAAAAUCCAGUAUUGUCUUAACGGCUUCCAUCCCUGCUUCUCCUUCUCCAGUGUCUUUAUAGGCUGUUGUCCUUUUAGCACUGACUGCUAUAUCUCCCUGAUGGUGGUCUUCAUGUUUUCAUCUUCCUGCUUUGUGAGAUUAGGUUCAGUGUUUUGAAGAGGUCUGCGUGGUAGUUGAUCACAUUCAUUAGCUCUAGUAACGGUUGCUUCAGCUUUCUCGUGUGUUUUGUGAGACGGUUGUCGUUGAAUAGGGUCGGGGUUCCCUCUUCAAGCUGUUGGAAGAAUUAGAAAUACGGGUGAAGUGUUUGAUACUAAGUUACCAGGAACUUGAAGAGCAUUCACAAAGGGUCGUGUAGGCAGAAACAUAAGCUAAAGAAAACCUUCCUUGUGUUUUCUUUCCCUAAAUAUCUGAAAUGGAUAUCUCAGAGGCCUGAAACAUGAAGUAAGUUCAGAGUUCUGGCCGAUAACUUUAACCAAGCGGACAGUCUCACAAAGCUGGCUCACUGUAAACGAUUAGUAAUACCGAGCACAAAGCAACAUGUUUACUCAUCAGUAAACUCACUUAGCUUUAUAUGCUAACUAAAGAAGACAUUUAAGGUAUGACUCUAGCACAAACACAAAUUAGUUGAAAUGGACCCUGAUCAUGAGUCAAGAGAAAAACUCCCUAAUGGUAUCUUAAUUUUAACAAGUUGUAUUCUCAAAUGGAAAAUUAGCUUCUAGAAGACUGUGAACUAAUGUUGAGUCUUUUAUGACACAUUAUCACACCUAUGUAGCGGACACUUUCCAAAGGAAGUAAAACUGGUGAGAUCAUCUUUUACAUCUUUAGUUUAUUUGCUGUGGAUACAUAGAGUUUAAUAUAUCUUGUGCACUGAUUUCAAACAAUUUAAACUGAAUUUGCACUGACAGGAUCCAAGUUUCAGGUAUCCAUAUGUUUAACCUCUUCAAAUAUACAGCUGCCAGCCAGCCAACUCCUUGAUUUGCUGUGGCCGUAGAAUCAUGAGCAAUCAUUUGAGAUAAAUGUCCUUCUCGUGUACACAUGGUACUCUUCAGCUUUUUGCAUUAGACAGUGUUACUUAUAAAUUAGUUUUUCAUCGACAAACACUGAAGCACAAAUGACCAUUAUCUAUUUCUUAUCACUCUUGAACAUGUUAAUAAUGGAGUUGAUAAAGAAAAGAGAAUAAAGCCAAUACAAUAAUGCCCACUUUUAGCCAUGGUCUAUUACAUUUAGUAGUUGAUUAUUGCAUUAUUUGAGCAUUAUUCUUUACUAAUGUUAUAUAUGUAAAUAUUGUUACAUCUACUGUACAUUUUUAUAUCUUUUUCUUAAGUCACUGAAUAUAACUUUUUGCUACUGCACUGACAACAUUUCCAAAAAGGAGAUCUCCACAGUUUGUGCUAAAAUACUGACUUGUUGUUACACAUAAUGUGGGUGAACAGAGCCAGCUUUUUGAGACCGGUUUCCAGGAUCCCCAGUGUUUUUGGGAAGCCAGAAAACACCCAAAGAAAGCCAAUGAGGUGAGCUUGCUUCUUGAUUCAGGCCCCUGGUGUGUUAGUUCCUGUGGCCCCUUUAGGCUUCACACACACACACACACACACACACACACACACACACACACACUGGUACAAACCUUCACUGAGGGAUUCCCUCCCUCCUUACCGACAGUGUUUUUAUUCUGACGCUUCGAUAGCUUUAAUACUUCUCUCUCUUUUUCUGUUGCCUGCUCAUCAUGUACACACUCCCUCACUGUAAACGCCGUCUGAACACAGAAAAUGUCUCAAAAAUGGAAAAAUAACCUGGAUUCCUGCCGCCUUAUGUGCCCUGCAGUAACCCCCCUGCCCUCACUUCUUCCCCGGCCCCACUCUCCUUUUCUCUAGGUGUGCCUCUGACAACUGAACUUCCGUGAGGCCGUAAUUACUGAGAAUGAACUUUGCAACUUGUGUGAGUGCGUUUGCAUCUGCGAGUGUGUUUGUCAGCGACGGGAGAGAUUUUAAAAAGCGACCUUCCUGUCCUCUCCUCUGUGCAUCGAUGUGGGAACUUUAAAGUCCUCGUUCAUGAACUCUGACCUUUGACCGGGCACUCUUUCAGUCCCCUGCGGUGGUUGAGAAGGGGAGGUAACGUGGGGACUCGAGAGAAGCCCCACUGUCUGCCCACAGUCAAUGUUUUAUUUAUGGACCUCUGCACUUUUGGCUGUGAUGACUUCAGUACUUACGUAGUUACCUGAACUGUAUUUUUAAGGAUUUUAUACAAUAUUUACAUGCAAUACGAUAUGAAUUGAUUCUUUUUUUCAUUUGCCAACCUUUCUUCGUUUGUUUCUUAUUUAAUUGUCUUUAAUUUGGCAUGAUUUGUCACUAUUAUUCACAACCAAACAUGCCUGUUGGAUCUAUUUUAGGCGUCAAACGUUAUGGGGGAAGUCUCCGGUAUGUUUUUGUGUGUCAGGAUUCUGAUGACAGCUGAACACCAAGAAACAGGUGUAGGAAAACUUUUGCUGGAUGAGCUCAACUUUAUCACCUCUUCUUCCAGUAGGGAAAACUGAACCAGAACAUGGACAAGAGGAGUAAAAACACUUUGGUUCAGGGAACUGAAAAUGUAUUUUUUCUGCCUCAUGUCCUGUCAACUCAUUCAUUGUUUUUACCAGAAACGGUCACCUAAUGUAGUUAUGUUAUGAUAACUUGAAGCCUGAAGAAACACAUCAUAGGAAACAAUAGAGUUGUGAAGUGGGGGGGAGCUCUGUUUUGCUCUGCCUUUCGUUUUUACCGCACAGUGUUGCUUUGUUUUAGCAUUGAACUCUUCCGAUUCAGUAAUUUAGUCUAUAUCUGGUUGAUUAAGUACAACUCCCAAGGAGCAUUGAGGCAAGAAUCAUGUAAUCACCAAGUUUAAAAUCUGUCACAUUCCUCGAUUUUACAUUCUGCUGUUUAACUCUGUUCACUAUACAUUGUGUAGUCACUAAUACAUACAUUUGGCAAAUAUGGCGUGUGCUUCUGAUUGGCUCCUUCUCCAUGGCAAAGAGUGCGGAGGCUCAUGGGUGGAGUAAUUUUUAGGAACUUUCCGCCAAGCCAUAGACUCCUUUUGUCUCAGAAACUUCUAGAAAUUGUAACAUUUAUGAUCAGUACAUUAUCCGGAAGAGUUCUAUGUUGGGCAAUACUGAGGGUGUAAAUAAAGAAAAAGGGGAAGCGAAACCCUUCAGGUCCCUCUCACUCAGCAACUCUGUGCAGGUCUGUGGGAGUGUGGCAUCAUUUCAGCUGAGACAAUAUUAUAUAUAAUACAUGUAUAAUACAGCAAAGGUAGAAUAUCUACUGUGUGGAUCUUUAAAGGUGGAGGACUUUUUUUUUUUUGCAAAUAUGUGGAGGGGGGGGGCGGCAUGUGCAGACGGGAUGUUUCCUGUGUCAGUGGUCGUCAUGAUGUGUCUGUGACAGGGGCACAGGGUUGCCUGUAUUUAUAAAGGUUUGAUUUUUUUAACUGGGGGUAAAGGGGGGAGGGUGGAGUCCGAAAUGUGUUCCAUAUAUGUGGUCCAAGCAGAACAAAUGAACUGGAUGUGCAGAACAAUUUGGUAUUUUUUGAAAAUAAAGACUUUGCAUUACAAUGCCACCAUGUGGCCAUAUGAUGCAAGUUGUUAACAAGGAAAAACAUGUUAUUUUAAUGUUGUUUUUUAUUUCGAAAUCAUAUUAUUAAUAAAGUCAUUAAGUACUGUU